AUGACAGAAGUUGAAGAAGACUUGGCCAAAUUAAAAAUCAGCGGAGAUGCCGAAGCUGGAAGAAAAGUCUCUGGGAAAUGCACAAUCUUCGAAAUGGAUAUCGAAGAAGGCCGACAGGCCUUCAGAUACGAUGUGGAGAUCAUAUUGUUGAAGAAAAUCGGACAACCAAAGGUCUUGACCAAGCAGUCGGAAAGUAAGUUCGGAAAUUGCAUGGUCAAUAUAUUAAAUUAUAUUUGAGUCUUCAGGGUUUUAGCUCAGACAUAGCGUCUAUUUUGCUUGUCUGGAUAAUUUGUGAUGAUCUACUGUAAUGAAUUGUUUUCAGAGGCCUUCGAAUGCUCCAAAGAAACACUUGUGUGGAGGUGA